UCCAGGCAGGAGGAGGAAGGGGACAUAAAGGGAGGAAGGAAAAGGGGAUAAGGAGGAAACAGACAAGACAAGGGAACCCAGAUUAAGAGGAGAAGAUGGCUGAGCCGGAGCUGAAAUCACGGAGCAGUCGGGAUAGCAUUGCCAAGGCGGUGAGCCAGGAGAAGAUGGGGGCAGCUGAAGUAGACCCAGACCAAGAUGGUCUGAUUGCGGAGCAGCCGUCAUCUCCGACCACCCCUAUUGUAUCUGCUGAUGCUGUCGCCAGCCCAACCAGCAGCUCACCUGCCAAAGGCGACAAGAUCGAGCUCAAACGCAGCAUCACCCUCUUUAAUGGUGUGGGAAUGAUCAUAGGCACAAUCAUCGGCUCUGGCAUUUUUGUCACUCCUACGGGCGUGGUCAAAGAGACCGGCUCGGCUGGGCUCUCCCUGAUUGUCUGGUCUGUUUGUGGAGUGAUCUCCACUAUGGGUGCCCUGUGCUACGCCGAGUUGGGCACCACCAUCACCAAGUCAGGGGGUGAUUACACCUACAUUUUGGAGAUAUACGGUGAACUGGCGGCCUUUCUGAAGCUGUGGGUUGAGAUGCUAAUAAUACGGCCUUCAUCCCAGUAUGUGGUGUCCCUGGUGUUCGCUACAUACCUUCUGAAACCCCUCUACCCAAACUGCGCUGUGCCUGACAGUGCUGCUAAGCUCAUUGCCUGCCUGUGUCUUACCUCUCUGACAUUUGUUAACUGUAUCAGUGUGCGAGCUGCCACCAAGGUCCAGGACUUGUUCACAGCUUCCAAGUUGCUAGCCCUCAUGACCAUCAUCCUCUUUGGCUUCAUCCAGAUUUCCACAGGUGAUGUGCCGUACCUUACACCUGAAAAGGCGUUUGAAGGCAGUAAAACUGGAGUGGACAACAUUGUCUUGGCCUUGUACAGUGGUCUUUUCGCUUUUGGAGGCUGGAAUUACCUGAAUUAUGUAACGGAGGAGAUGAUCAAUCCAGAGAGGAACCUUCCCUUGUCCAUAAUCAUAUCAAUGCCUAUAGUGACGGUGGUGUACGUUCUUACCAACCUGGCCUACUUCACCACCAUCUCACCACAAGUCAUGGUCGAGUCCGAGGCUGUUGCUGUGAGUUUUGGGGAGUAUCAUCUUGGUGUUAUGGCCUGGCUUAUUCCUGUCUUUGUGGGAUUGUCCUGUUUCGGAGCUGUCAAUGGGUCCUUAUUCACCUCUGCAAGGUUGUUUUAUGCUGGGGCGCGAGAGGGUCAACUCCCUGCUGCUCUGGGGUUGGUCCACACAGACCUCUUCACACCAGUGCCGUCCCUUAUCUUCACUUGUUUUCUGUCCAUGCUGUACACCAUCUCUCAGGACAUCUUCUCAGUCAUAAAUCUCUUCAGCUUCUUCACUUGGCUUUGUGUUGGGAUGGCCAUUGCGGGCAUGCUCUGGCUGCGCAUUACCAAACCUGACCUCAGAAGGCCCAUUAAGGUGUAUCUCUUCAUCCCUGUGACUUUUGUUUUGGGCUGUGUGUUCAUGAUCGCUGUUUCCUUCUGGGCGGCUCCAUUCGAGUGCCUGAUAGGCUGCAGCAUUAUUCUCACAGGCAUCCCGGCGUACCUCCUGGGCUACAAGUGGAAGAAACCCCAUGUGGUCAAGAAGAUGCUGGAAAUCUUCACCAUGUUCUGUCAGAAGAUCUUUAUGUCUGUUCCUGAGGAGAGGGAGCAGCAUGAGGCAGCUGAAUAACCCUGGACGGACUGAACAGGAUGAAGGAAGGAUGAGGGGAUAUUAUGUCUGCAGAUUCUUAACAUGUUUACAUUCAUUCACUUCUGAUUUGGGCUACAGCUGUUUUUUUGUUUUGUUUUUUUAAUCUUCCAAGCCAGGUAACUCACAGAAAUUGAGCCUUGCAAUUUGCUGUUUUCAUACAGUAAAGUUAUGCUAUUUUGUAGACGGUAGCAUAUUUUAUGAACACUCAAAAUGAAAAAAAUAAUUUGAUCAAAGAGAGGUUUUCCAUUCAUUGUUCUAAACAUAUUUGACGAUUAUAUCUCCUCAAAUGCUAGCACAUGCAUAUACGUACGUAUGUUGCAUAUUAGUUAGCUGAUGGAGUCAUAUACCAUCAAAAGCUACAUACUCUAGCGGCCUAUUGUUCACCUAAAGUGUUGAAAUGAGGAGCUUAGUGAGACAAGAAUCAUAUUUUGACUUACUUUACAAUUAACACUAACAACCAAACUACACAUACUUUAUUGUAGUUUUUAGUUUCAUAGAAUUCUAAAGAAAAUAGAUUUUCGAGUUUUACUUUCUGCUUUAAUGUUAGAUGGAGGUGAAGAGGUCUCAUAUAAAAAGCAUUCACUGAAAGUGUACAUUAAGGUCAGGGUUUAAAGAGGAAUGAGCUUUCUAGCAUAGAUCAAUCCUACUCAUACAGUACUAAUAUUUAUGUUAAAUAUUAGUUGAUUUUCAUUUUUGUAUUUUUGUAUUCACUUGUAAAAUGAACCCACAUCCUAAUCUUAAAGCACAACCUAAAGUGAGAUAGCAGUGUAUGUAAUGUUCCUUUAAGAUGUGUUUUUGUAAAUGAGGUCUUCUUUCUGUAUCAUUUUAUUCGUGUAUCAGACCAUGUUAGAGUCCUUUCCAUAUUUGAUGAAAUGACAGUGUAUACCAGCACAUGUUGGUGAGGCAUUAGGAAAGUCUUUCUGAUUGUAUAAAGUAAACUCAAUUCUAGUGUUAGUGUUUUGUAUUGUUUGUGUAGACAUGCCAUUGCUGUUAUUCAAGUUUUUGUUGGUUUUAUUGAAACUAUAAGACCAAAAUGAAUGUUGCAAAUUCAUUGACAUGUGCUUUGCCUUUAAAAAAAUAGAAAAUGUACCUUUGAAUCAAGGUUUUGUGAGGUUUUCCAAAAAUUACUGCACGCACUUUCCCAUUCUACUCUAGAUCCAAAGGAAAAUAAAGGAGGGUGGAGGUUGUGCCGGUUGGGAAAGUU